AUGGCGCCUGUCAAGUUAGCGGGAUAUGAGUUCUUUCACAAGACCUUAAAGUCACCUAGAACCAUUUUAGCACCCAUGGUAGAUCAGUCUGAACUGGCAUAUAGAAUAUUAUGUAGACGAUAUGGGGCUGAUGUAUGUGUGACCCCAAUGUUCCAUGCAAGACUUUUUAGCGAAACCAAAAAGUAUCGAGAUGACCAGUUUACGACAAAUAAGGACGAUCGCCCUUUGAUUGUUCAGUUUUGUGCCAAUGAUCCAGAAAUUCUUUUGAGAGCUGCUAAAUUAGUAGAAAAUGACUGUGAUGCUGUAGAUCUCAACUUGGGAUGUCCUCAAAAUAUCGCCAAAAGAGGUCAUUAUGGCUCUUUCUUGCAGGACGAGUGGGAAUUGAUUGAAAAAAUGGUAUCUACCUUGCAUCGUGAAUUAGCCAUUCCUGUCACUGUCAAGAUUCGCUGUUUCCCAACUGUUGAAAAGACAAUUGCUUAUGCCAAAAUGAUUGAAGCUGCUGGUGCUCAAAUGCUCACUGUACACGGUAGAUUACGAGAGCAAAGAGGGCAUAACACUGGCCUUGCCGAUUGGGACAAGAUCAAGGCAGUAAAGCAAGCCCUCAAGAUUCCUGUUGUUGCUAACGGUAACAUUUUGUACUAUGAAGAUAUUCAAAGGUGCAUUGAUUAUACCGGUGUGGAUGCGGUCAUGACAGCUGAAGGUAGUUUAUAUAACCCUGCCAUCUUUUCCGCUGGAAGAAAGCUCCCUCCUUUUACAUUUGAGGUUGCUGAAGAGUAUUUGGAUAUUUGUAAAGUUGAAAAGACAAAUCCUGGCAUGAUCAAAGGACACAUGUUCAAGCUCUUACACCCAAGCUUACCCCAUCACACUGACUUGAGAGCACGCCUUGGAAAAGCUAGAGAGCUCGAGGAAUUCUACAGUGUUGUCAAGGAUUUGAAGGAAAGAGUGUUGAAAGAAAUUGAAGAAAAAGGAGAAGACGCUGAGGAGAAAGGCGAACCAAAUGAAGAUGGUAUUCGUAAAUAUUCUUACUGGAGAUGCCAACCCUACAUUCGUCCCAAGCCAGUUAUCAAAAAUGAUGCAAAGGACAAGGAAUCCAACAAUGAAAAGAAGCGCAACUUGUCAGAGACUUCUACUGAACAAGACUUGGAAAGUAACAAGAAAUUGAAGGAAACCUCUGAUGCACCUAAUGCAGAGGUCUGCGCUGGCUGUUAA